CAGUUCAACCCAAGUGAUCAUCUACAGUUAACAUAAGAGAGAGAAAGAGAGCGAGAGAGAGAGAUCGAUCGAGAAGCAAUGGAGCCUAAUCAUGAUAUUCAUCAUCCUCACCACUUCCUCCUACUGACGAUUCCUGCCCAAGGCCACAUUAACCCAACACUGCAAUUUGCGAAGCGUCUCCUCCUUACCGGCGCUCGUGUCACCUUCGCAACUAGCUUAUCCGCCCAUCGCCGUAUGCUACAAAAUACUUCUUCUUCUUCUACUACUCCCGACGGCCUAUCCUUUGCCCCUUUCUCCGACGGCUUUGACGAUGGCUUCAAACCCAAUGACUCCGCCCAUGCCAACCACAUGUCUGAGUUCAGACGCCGUGGUUCUAACUUUCUUACCGAAAUUGUACCCAAACUCGCAAAGGUAGGUUGCCCCAUCACCUGCAUCGUCUACAGCCUCGUCAUUCCUUGGGCUGCCCAUCUUGCUCGUAAUCUCGGUAUCCCCUCCGCCCUUCUCUGGAUUCAACCCGCAACGGUGCUUGACAUCUACUACUACUACUUCCAUGGCUAUGAAACCGUCAUGAGUAGUACUAUUACUCAUGAUCACAUCCAGCUUCCUGGAGAUUUACCUCUAUUCACAGCCCGAGAUGUUCCCUCAUUCUUCCUCCAAUCAAACGACGACACCAAAUCAGCUCUUCAAUUGUUUCAAGAACAGUUUGAGACGUUGGAACAAGAAACCGCUGCCAAGCCAUGGGUUCUGGUGAACACGUUCGACGCCCUCGAACCCCAAGCUCUAGCAGCCAUUGAUAAGCUUAAUCUGAUUGGGAUCGGACCUUUGCUUCCAUCGCCUUACUUAGAUGGUAAUGAUCCUUCCGACCAAUCUUUCAGAGCAGAUUUGUUUCAUGGCGGCUCCAAAGACUAUAUUGAGUGGCUCAACUCAAGGACGGAGGCUUCGGUCGUUUAUGUAUCCUUUGGAAGCCUUGCCGUUUUAUCGAAGCCACAAAUGGAAGCCAUCGCCAAUGGGUUAUUGGAAAGUCGUCGGCCGUUCCUUUGGGUCAUCCGAGGGGGAAAAGAAGACGAAGAGGAAAGAAAGAUAAUGGAUAGGUUGGAAGAAAUAAAUGAAGUGGGAUUGAUAGUGCCGUGGUGCUCACAGGUGGAGGUUCUUUCUCACCCUUCGGUGGGUUGUUUUGUAACUCAUUGCGGGUGGAAUUCAACUUUGGAAGGUUUGGUUGCGGGAAUACCAAUGGUGGCGUUUCCACAGUGGUCAGAUCAACCUACCAAUGCGAAGCUGAUCCAAGACGUUUGGAGGACGGGAGUGAGAGUGAAGGUGAAUGAUGAUGAAGAUGGCGGAGAAGGGAUUGUUAAGAGUGAGGAGAUUGUAAGGUGUUUGGAAAUGGUAAUGGAGGAGGAGAGUGGGGAAGAGAUGAGAAAGAAUGCAAAGCGUUGGAGUAAUUUGGCAAGAGAAGCUACGAAGGAAGGUGGUUCUUCUGAUAGGAAUAUUCGAGCCUUCAUGGAAGAGAUAAGUGGUAUGUAGAGUGGACGUGAUAACUAAGUUGGGGUUUUUUUUUUUUUUU